AUGCCGCGGCGGCGGGGGGGCGGGAGCGCCGCGCUGCGGCGGCAGCAGGACCGGGCUCUGAGCAGCACCAUGCGCGUCGUGCGGGAGCUGGGGCCCACCGCCUUCCUGCUGCAGGAGGACGGCCAGGAGGGCGCGCCGCUGCGGGUGUUCCUGGGAGAGCCUCACUCGUGCACCUGCGCCACCUUUCUGAAGGAGGGGGCCCUCUGCAAGCACAUCUGCUGGAUAUUGCUGAAAAAGUACCGAUUACCAAGAGAUCAUGAAUAUGCUUUUAAGUUGGGUCUUUUGGAAAGAGAAAUCGAAGAUGUGCUUCAGCGAUUACAACAGGAACAGACACUAAAUCCUGAGCAAGCCCUCUUCUCACAAGCAUUAAAUGAGGAGAAUGAUAGAUUCAUUCAUCAAAAAGAAAUCAGUGUAGAGGAUGUCUGUCCCAUUUGUCAGGAGGAGUUACUAAAGAUGAUGCUUCCCAUCACUUACUGCAGAUACAGCUGUGGUAACAAUGUACACAUAAAGUGUAUGAAAAUUUGGGCUGACUACCAAGAUGAACUGGGGACUGACUCUGUAGUAAAGUGUCCACUCUGCAGGGAAGAAUUUGCACCUUUAAAGCUCAUUCUAGAAGAAUUUAGAAACUCUAGUCAACUUGUGACUGCAGCAGAGAGAGCAAGACUGGACAGGCACCUUGGAAUUCCUUGUAAUAAUUGCAGAGUAUUUCCAAUUGUGGGAAGGUGCUACAAGUGCACUGAGUGUACUGAGUAUCACCUAUGUCAUGAAUGUUUCAUUAGCUUUUGCCACCCUCCACAUGUUGUUGUCUUCAGACAGAAGAGAAAUAAGAGAUGGAGAUCUCUAGAACAGCUUUCAGAAUUAUCAGCCCAAGGAGGAAAAUUUAAAAGCUUUAAUCCAGGAAAUAAUUCUAACGAAGCAGUAUUAAAUCUUCAGGAGAAGACUAGUUGUACCCCAAAGAGCAUUGUAAAAUCUUUACCCAACAUUUUAGUUGGAAAACAUAGUCAUUUACUUGCUGCAGGUAUUCAGUGUAGACGCUGCUUGAAGCCCUUUCACCUUGGUCAGCAUGUAAGACUCCUACCAUGCAAUCAUAAGUUUCAUAGGGAAUGUAUUGACAGCUGGCUACUGCACCAAAGAAAUACAUGUCCUAUUGAUGAGUAUGUUGUAUACAAUCCUCUGAUUUGGAAGGAUACACCAGCCAAACAUGAAAUUCGCCCAACAGGUUCUCAUAGAAAUGUUAGCAAACUUGCAAAGCAAGCGGAACCAGAAAUUUUUGUAUCUGGAAAUGGAUUAUUUCUCAAGCAAUCACUAUCUGAACAUACAUCAGAAAGUUCUGAAAGUAGGUUCAAGAAACUUUAUAACAAAGAUGUACCAGACUCUCUAAGCUCUUUUGAGACAUCAUUUUCCAGGAAUUCAGAUACCAUUAGAUCUAGAAAGGAUGACACUCGUAACGCUGAGAGAGGCCCAUACCAUUUUGACUGUAGCAACGCGAACAAAGUAGCUCCUUUUAAAAAAGAUACGGACUGUGAUAAUUCCACAAUUCUAAGAUAUCCCAGGGAGUUGAAUUUUGAAAUCAAUCUGGGUGCAGCAAGCCAUUCCUCAAAAAGGGACGAUAAGGAUGUGAGAAAUGCCAACCAUCAAAGCAGGCUUUUAACAAGACGACCACCUAAGCAUAAUCAUCUGAACAUUAAAGCAGCAAACAUUGAUCUACUAUUGGAGGGAAUUCCACUACAUACCAGCUCACGAUUAUCUUGGUUUAGAUAAUAUAGCUGUAUGUUGCUUUCUUACUCCAUACAUAAGAGUUCUUAGAGAACACAAAACAAGUUAAUAAAUGAAUAAUCAAAUGUCAUCAACUAUUGCUACUACAAAAUUCAACUCGGUGCUGUGCGAAACGUUCAGACUAAAUCUGCUAAAAUAAACACAGGAACUGAUAUGGCUGGUGUAAUGUAUUGUAGGAAAAAAAGUCAUACACCUGUAAAAUUGACACUAUUUCUCAUUUUAACCUUCAAUCAAAAGACUUACAUUUCUUUAUAGAGUAAAAUGCAAAAAGCUUUUAUAUUCUUGAAAGAUCAGUUAAAGUAUCUUACUCAGAGCUGUAAUAAACAAAGCCAAACCAAUAUUAACAUUGCCAAAAUAACGGUAUCAAAUCUGUUUUCAGUGAGUAAUAACAAAAAAGUCUAACACAGAAAAGCUGCUGCUUAUUAUCUCAAUAAGUAUUGAAAGAUAUAUACUAAACUAUAUACUAUAGUUUAAUGAUAUCUAGUGCUCAGAGGAGGAGCUAAGCUUCCAAAUGGUAAACAGAAAACUCUGGCAUUUUCAGUUGCAUAUAUAUAGCCAAGCCAAAGAAUUACUGAGCCUAAAAAUUAUUUCUUAAAUGGCAAUAUACUAAAUUCAGCCAUGUCAUUUCAUCAUAUUAUACUUAUUCCCAAAAAGUAUAAUAAAUAUUUAAGCCCAUCAUUAAAGUAAUAAUCCCAGCUCCCAUGUCUGGCUGCCCUACCCAAGAAACAGGAAUCAGAUUUAAAGUGGAUAUAAAUGUCUGUCUUCAGUAGAAAUGGAACAGGCACUGACUAAAUUAAGAACUGAUAAAUUUUUGAGAAUGAGGACAGUAACAGUCUUAUAACUGGAAUGAUGGCAAUCAAAGAAAUAUAUGUUUUUAGUGGUAUUUAUCAAAUAAAGUGUGUAGUGAGACAGGUAUAUUCCUGGACAGUUUAUGACUUCAGGGGCAUUUAAAUAAAAAUUAAAACAUUGAUAACUUUUAAAAACUAUUUAUUAUAUUGCAUAAGCUAUAACAUUUUACAAAUCUUAGUUACGUUUUCAGCAACAAAUACAUUAAUACUGUAGGAAAUACACUGAGAAAUGAAGACACCUCUGACAAAAUAUAAAAAGAUAGAAAUACUUUUUAAAAAUGGUGAAUAUUAAGCAUCUUUCAAAUGAACAAUAUAGUAUUACAGUGUUCGUGUGUUUCUGAAAAUUAUUACCAAAAAAAUGAAGUGCUUGUUUGAAUGUACAGCUCAAAAAUGCAAGGUGGUGACCACAGCCCAGUGCCAUCAGCUCAUCUACGCUUCAGCACUUCCAAGAUGGGUUUUAAUGAGGCUUCAUACUCUAACGAGCACUAAAAAGUGCCUUUCUACACAAUACCAGGAUGCUGUGAAAAUAUUUACUUAUUGUUAUAAUACAGACUGAAGAGCAACAAGUGCUUCAAAUGAAUUACAUCAGUUAAAAUGAGGAACAACAUACCAGUAUAUUUGGGAAGGGAGAGUAUACAAAUUUUCAAAGAAUCUUAACUGAAAAAAAAAAUUCAUUUGGUAAAAUAAUUUUAAGCUGAGAGUGCUAGUUUUAAGCAUUAUGACAGUUUCUUCUGCCAGGCUUACAAAAUAUAUAGCUUCAAAAAAAAUUUUUUUUAAACAAAAAACAUGGAAUAUUGCUUUUAAAAGAAAACAAAGCUCAGAUUAAAGUCAUUAAGAAACCCUCACAUUUUUCAAUUUAAUUCUGUAACAAAAAUAUGCAGGCCUAGUGUUAGAAGCAUGGCACAAAAUAGUAUGAACUACUAUUAAAAAAAAAAAAAAAAAAAAAAAAAAAAAAAAAAAAAAAAAAAAAAAAAAAAAAAAAAAAGCAAA